GCAGAAGGCGUCCGCAGGACUGGGGAGAGGACACAAACAGCUGUAUGAGUGUGUGUGUGUGUGUCGGUGUCGGUAAGAGUGAGUGUUGUCACUGUGGUAUGUAUGAAUGCAUGCGUGUGUGUUGUUGUUCUUUUAGUGUGUGUGAGUGUUGUCACUGCGUCGCCUGUGUGUGUGUCGUGUGUGUGUGUGUGUGUGUGUGUGUUCUUCAGUGAACAGCUUCUUUUCACCGAGAGAUGUAGUGCUGCUGGCGUACACGCAUGAGGACAGGACUGGGCGUAGGUGACCAGUGUGCUGUGCUGUGUGACGCAGUGGAGACCUCACCUCUCGCUGACCCCUACACUGACCAUCUCCAACCCAGUAGGACUGUGUGUGUGUGUGUUUGUGUAUGCUGAGCUGAGGGCUGCCCAACACAAUCACUCAGCCACAGCACAGCAGUGGACACUGAGAUCAGGACAACAGACAGGACAACAGACUUCAACAAAACAAACAACAACAACAACAACAACAUAUUGCGUUUCUAUAGCGCUGUAUCAAGACAACAGACUGCCUGUCCUCUGAGGAGAUUUAAGCCCCCAGCAUCACACCAACCCAACCCCAGCCCAGGUGUGUGUGUGUGUGUGUGUGUGUGUGUGUGUGUGUGUGUGCAGCCAUGCAUGUUAAGCUGGGCGUGUUCAGCUGGCUGCUGCUGUUGCUGCUGUGGACACUAGGGGGCGCCGGCGCGUCGCUGGUGAAGGUGAACCGCGGGCUGCAGGUCAAGCGCGGUCAGACGGCCGUCCUGCAGGAGGAGGACCUGCAGUUCCACAUCCCCCGGCAGAGGGACGCCUGCAAGCUGGAGGUGGUCCUCAACGAGCCAAUCACGCAGCGCGUAGGCACGCUCACGCCACAGGUGUUUGACUGCCACUUCCUGGCAGACGAGGUGAAGUACGUCCACAACGGCUGUCCAAUUCUGAAACAGGACACGGUUCUGUUACGCCUCUACAGGUUCACAGAAUCAGAGACGCACACAGAACUGUUCUCCCUGCGAGUGGAGAUCCUGGAACCCGACUGCAGCAUCAUCAAACUGGGCCCCAAGCGCUUGGAGGUUGUGGAGUUCUACGGCCUGUCGGACGUGCUGGACGGCAACGCGGUGACCUUUAACUACGAGCGCCGGGCCAACCUGGAGUGCCACGUGCGCAUCAUCACCCUCGAGUCCCAUCUGCCCGCGCAUGGACAGCUGGUUACCGGGCAACCACGCGCCGUUGAGGCCAGAGGAGACGAGCCGCACAGCUUCGUACCGCUCCGCCAACAACUGGAUAACAAGGAGAGGGCCCGGUGUAAGAGUGAGGGGUGUCUAAAGGGCCUGAAGCUGGUGCAAAUCACCAGGGUUCCGUGCGACGACUUCCUGCGGAUGGGCAUUCGGUACCAGCACAUCGACCCGCCCACUCCAGACGUGGACUACAUCGCCAUCAGACUGGACCUGGUGGACACCCGCAGCAGGUCUAUUUACAAGUCGGAGCAGGCCUGGAUCCCGGUGUGGGUGCGGAACGCCAUGCGGAACCAGCCCCCCAAGGCGGCCUUCAUGUCCAUGUUCAUCCUGGAGGUUGACCAGUUCAUCAUGACGCCGUUGUCCACGGCGACGCUGGAUGCUGAGGACAACGAGACGCCCAAGCAGCGCCUGGUGUUCAACGUCACGCGGCCGCCCCGAGAGGGCUUCAUCACACACCUGGCUGACCACACCAAGCCCGUCUCAUCCUUCACCUGGACCGACCUCAACGACAUGCUCAUCGCCUACCAGCCCCCCAACUCCACACACACACAGCGCAGGAACUAUGAGGUGGAGUUUGAGGCCCACGACUCCUACUUUGAGAAGAGCGUCCCCAUGACUGUCCACGUGUCUGUGCGCACCGCUGACACCAACGCUCCCAGAGUCUCCUGGAACAUGGGCCUCAGUCUGCUAGAGGGACAGUCUCGCCCAAUCACGUGGGAGCAGCUGCAGAUCGUGGACAAUGACAACCCCAAAGCCGUGCGUCUCAUCACCGUGGACGGACUGCAGCACGGCAGGCUGACUGUCAGAGGGGGCAAAGGCUUCAUGUUCACCAUCAGUGACAUCAAGGCUGGCGUGGUGCGCUAUCACCAUGACGAUAGCGACACCACCAAGGACUAUGUGGUGUUCCGCAUCACGGACGGCAUCCACCACACACGGCACAAGUUCCCCAUCAGCGUCCUGCCCAAGGACGACAGCCCGCCGUUCCUCAUCACCAACACGGUGCUGGAGCUGGCCGAGGGUCAAACCGCGCUGCUGCGGGGCUCUGUCCUGCAGGCAGCCGACACCGACUCCAGCGACGACUACAUCCUCUACAACGUCACACUGCCACCCCGCGCCGGGGAGAUCAUGAAGAUGCCGGGGCCUGGUGUCACAGGAUAUCCUGUGUCUCGCUUUCUCCAGAAGGAUCUUUUUCACUCAGUCAUCUACUACCGUCACCUAGGCAACGAGGUGUUCGAUGACUCCUUUGAAGUGGUGCUUUCAGACUUCCAUGACCCACCAAAUCUCUCAGAGCCUCAGGUUGUGGUGAUCGUCAUCAACCCUGUACCUGACCAGCCUCCUAAAGAGGCACCAGGUGUAGUACGACACCUGUUCGUCAAGGAGACGGAGGUGAUCCACCUGACGAAGAAGGAGCUCCACUUUAUCGACCAAGAGUCCCCUGACCUUGAGCUCACCUACACGGUCACCACACUCCCCUUCUUCACCAGUAACUAUGGGAGCCAAGACGCUGGCAGGUUGUUCCUGGUUGACAGCAUCCCAAAGUUCACCAAGGACCCGGAUGCUCCAGUCCUCAGGCUCUUCACUCAGCAUGCUGUGAACUUCUUGAAGGUGGCCUACAUGCCCCCCAUCCUGGACAUCGGGCUGCACCCGCAUCACGUCCAGUUUGUUCUCUCCGUCACCAACCAGCAGGGCACCACUGUCACCGGCAUCUGCUUCAACGUCACCGUGCUGCCCGUGGACAACCAGCCGCCACAGGUGUUGACCAAUUCAUUGCGCGUUGAGGAGGGGGGUGAGUGUUGGGUCAGUGAGGACCAUCUGAGCGUGUCUGACCCAGACUCCAGUGAGGAGCGCCUGAGGGUGCAGGUGAAGAGGCCACCCCAGCACGGAGCCAUCCAGCUCAACGGCGCCCCCGUCAGGACAGGGCAGGCCUUCACCCUGCUCGACCUCAAGAGGCUCAAAGUGAGGUAUGUCCAUGACGGCUCAGAAAGUGUGCGUGAUGACGUGGAGUUCAUCGCCACAGACGGCAACAACACUGCAGAGUUUGUGUUGGACAUCAAGGUGACGCUGGUCAAUGACGAGGUGCCGGUCCUCAUGCCAGGCCUGAGGCCGACACUGGACUGCGCCGAGGGACAGGAAGUGGUCAUCAGCGUGGAGAAUCUCUACGCCACAGAUGCGGACAGCGAGGACGAGCGGCUGACCUACAUGAUCGCCCGGCAACCGUACUACGGGGUGGUGCAGCGGAACGGCCUGGUGGUGGACCGAUUCAGCCAGGCCGACGUCAUCGCUCGACUCAUCUCCUACAGACACACAGGACAGGAGAUCGGCCUGACACCACGCUACGACACCAUCACCGUGGUGAUCUCCGACAGCGAGGGGGAGGCGGUCCCCGCUUGUUGCUAUGAAACAGGAGCACAACACACGCCACAGCUGACACACACACUUCCUGUGUAUGACCUAAACAUCACAGUGUUUCCUGUGGACAACCAAGCGCCCACCAUCAGCACAGGUGAUGUGUUUGUAGUGGAUGAGGGGGGCUCGGCGACCUUGAAAGAGACACACCUGAAGGUGGCGGACCCCGACACACCUGAGGGUGACCUGGAGGUGGUCAUCCUGUCGCCGCCACAGGUGGGCUACAUCGAGAACAUCCUGCCCAGCCCGGGCUUCGAGAAGAGCAACAUGGGCAUCAGCAUCGGGUCGUUCCAGUACAGUGACCUGCUCCAGGGCCAUAUAAACUACGUCCAGUCUCGUCACCAGCGCAUGGAGCCCACGCGAGACCAGCUGAUGGUGUGUGUGACUGACGGGCACCGACGCUCCUCCCCCACGCCCCUCUACAUCAUCAUCAACCCCACCAAUGACGAGGCACCAGACUUCCUGGCCCGCAACAUCACGGUGAGUGAGGGACAGGUGAAGGAACUGGACGCGUCCAUCUUUAACGCAGUGGACCUGGACGUUCCGAGGGACCGCCUGAAGUUCAGCGUGGUGCAGCCCCCUCAACACGGCUCCAUCGUUGGCAGUUACCAUGCCAACGAGGUGGCGCGGUUCCGGCGGCUGGUGCAGGAUGCGGGCGACGCAGGGGUGGUGAUGCGAGACUUCACCAUGGAGGAGCUGAAUAACGGUAUGACUCUGAUGUACAUGCACGAUGACUCUGAGAGCGAGCAGGACGGCUUUGACAUCGAGCUGUCAGAUGGAAAACACACACUCCAGAGACAUGUGUGUGUGAACGUGCUGCCCGUCAACGACGAGGAGCCUCAUAUCAUCAGGAACACUGGUGUUGCAGUGGAGGUUGGUGAGUCCCGUUUGAUCUCCGGUGCAGUGCUCUACGCCCAGGACAAGGACACACCCCCUUAUGACAUCACCUAUGUGAUAGAGAGCGUCCCCUCUCAUGGGCUACUGCAGAGGAAGGUAGGGUCUGACUGGGUGAAGCUGUCUGUGGGGAUGAACUGCACUCAGGAGACAGUUGACAUGAACCAGCUGCGCUACGUGCACACCGGUCCCCCGGGGAAACACCGGCAGGACUUCUUUGUGUUCCACCUGCUGGAUGGACAGAACCAAUCUCCUGCCCAGCACUUUUACAUCGCCAUCAAGGACCUGGAGAAAGGAGACAUAGCGUUGAUGUUGCGUCCGGUGAAGGCUAGUCGCGGGGAGCGUGUGCUGCUGACCACAGACGUGCUGCUGGCGCUGGACGGGACUGACCAGCCGGAGGAGCUGCUGUACGCGCUCACAGCGCCCCCUAGCCACGGCCAGGUGGAGUACGUGCAGCACCCGGGCCUGCCCAUACACAGCUUCAGCCAGAUGGACAUCGCCGCACAGCUCGUCUGCUACAUCCACGACAACCGCGCCACGGCAACCAGGGAGUGGAUCAGGUUCGUUGUAAGUAACGGUAAGACGACGCGUAACGGAACGCUGGAGAUCUCUGUGGAGCUGACAGACCGGAUCCUCCCGUCGCUGGUGAAGAAUGGCGGCUUGCGGGUUCCGCAGGGAUCCACGGUCACGCUGACCCCCGCCGCCCUGAGCCUGGCCGACCCCGACACGCCCCCCGACCUCCUGACCUUUACCCUCCACCGGCCCCCCCAGUACGGGACGCUGCUCCUGCAGGGCGAGUCUCUCGUUGCCCGCGGCAACUUCACCCAGCAGCACCUGCAGGAGCUGGGCGUGGCCUAUCGGCACGGGGGAGGAGCCUCCCAAAUAGACCGCUUCACCUUCACGGCAUCUGACUCCACCCACAACGGCUUCCUAUUGGACGGGAGGGUACAGACCGAGCCCGUGUUCUUCACCAUAGAGAUUGAGUCUCUAGACAACUCCGCUCCAGUGGUGGUUGUGCAGAAGACACUGUGGAAGGCGGAGCUUCUUAAAGAUGGGCGCUAUGGGAUCUUCCUCUCAUCCAAUGAGCUGCAGGCUCAGGACGCCCACUCUGACGACCAACAGCUGCUCUACUACAUCAUCCGAGCCCCCUACUUCGGCUACCUGGAGAACUCCACCACAGGUGAGUUUGUCCGUGUGCUGUUCUCCCAGAGAGACCUGAGCAGGAGGACCCUCCUCUAUGUUAUAGACUCCGCCCAGGAGGCUUUGACUGACAGCAUGGAGUUCCAGGUGGCUGACCUGCUAGGCAACAGAAGCCCCGCCCACACGCUGGUGUUUAGCUGGUCAUCGGUGGGAUUUGCCCAGACUGAGUAUCACUCCUGUGAGGACCAGGCUAGCGUCCCGCUAGCGCUAACCAGGAAGGGCAACGUGCAGGAGUCGUCUUUCGUCACAGUCAAGGUGCGAGAGAUCUCAGCGGUAGCAGGAAAGGAUUUUAAACCCCCUCCUUCCAGCCUCGUACAGUUCGAUCCUGGCGUGUCCAGUCGUAGCUGGCGGGUGGAGGUGGUGCAGGACCAGCUGGAGGAGGCGGAGGAGGAGAUGGAGGUGUCUCUGACCACACCAGUGGGUACCGUGCUGAACCACAACACCAGAGCCUUGCUGAAGAUCACAGACACAGGGGGAGCGCGGUGCAGAGGGCGCUUGGGUCCAGAGGGGGGGUUGCUGGGGGGGUCUCAGGUGGAGCCCAGGCCUGUCCCCAAACACGCCUCCAUCCAGGUGGAGACCCUGCCGCUCACCCAGGGUGCCGGAGCCGCUCCACACACACACACACACGUGCGGGGCAACGGAGCACCACACACUGACCCCUCCACCAGGAAGAGGCUGAGAACCAGUGGCAAUGGCAGAAAGAUCCCACCCUCCUCCAUGCACAGGAAUGGCUCUGAAGUUAUCUACACGUAUCAUGGCAUUGUGUCGAUGCAUGUAGAGGAUGCCUCCAUCUCUCAGGCCGGACGCAGAGCCAGUGUGCAGGUCACCAACAGGGGGCAGCACUCUGACUUCAACACGGCCAACGCUCCACCACACACACCCAAGGACUCGGCACACACACCCAAGGACUCGGCACACACACCCAAAGCCAGAGCGAACACACACAAGGCUCCUGGAGACGGGGCAGACUUGGCUAAAGAACCCAGGAAGUCAGCCUCCGCUAGCCAGAAAGACAACAGCAGACCCCCUCAACAGGGUCCUAAAGCCUGCACCCCAGAGCUGAUGGGCUUUCUCCACCUCAAUGAGACGACAGGACAACUCUCACGCUGCAACGGGGUGGCAUGGAAACCCUGGGCGCCUACUGAUGAGGUGGUGAAUGCUCAGAAGUGUCCUCAGGGCUGGACACAUCAUGGCGGUCACUGUUACCUUCUGAGCAGCGACAAGAAGGACACAUGGAGUUCAGCCGCACGCGCAUGCAGAGAGAGUUUCCAUGGGAACCUGGUGAGCGUGCUCUCGAAGGCUGACAUGAACUGGCUCUGGGACUUCAGUGGUCGGAAGCCUUUCUGGAUCGGCCUUAACGACCGCGAGAGCAGGGGCCGCUGGGAGUGGGUGGGCGGCGAGCCGGUCAGCUACACCAACUGGAGGCGGAGCCCGCCCAGGAGCAGGGAGGGAAACAGGAAGUGCGUGCUGGUCUGGAGGCGGAGCAAGUGGCACAUCCGUGACUGCAAGAAGGGCAAAGGUCACCGCUACAUCUGUUACAUCAGAACGUGAGCCCAGCGACCUCUCUCCGAUGACCACACACGCACAGAACACACUCAUCAGAACGUGAGCCCAGCGACCUCUGACCCUGAUGACCACACACACACACACAACACACUCAUCAGAACGUGAGCCCAGCGACCUCUGACCCCGAUGACCACACACGCACAGAACACACUCAUCAGAACGUGAGCCCAGCGACCUCUGACCCCGAUGACCACACACACACACACACAACACACUCACUGGCAUUUACUCCGCAGCGGUUACUGAAGGUGACCACCCUGGGUCUUACCUGGGUCUUACUGAAGGUGACCACCCUGGAUCUUACCUCAGAAUGUGACCUCAACAUCACAUAGGACAACACACCGCUACGUGACCGUUAACAACACACCGCUACGUGACCGUUAACUCUCUAAACUCUCCUGUCUCACUCUCAUAUGACUACAGGACUCUAAACUCUCCUGUCUCACUCUCAUGUUCCACUACAGGACUCUAAACUCUCCUGUCUCACUCUCAUGUUCCACUACAGGACUGUAAACUCUCCUGUCUCACUCUCAUGUUCCACUACAGGACUCUCUAAACUCACCUAUCACAGAGUUCCCAAAGGACUGGACAGCCAAUAUAAUGUCCAUCCUGUGUCCAAAUUGUUACACAACAUUUAUCAACCAUAGAAAUGAAUACAUUUGAAUUCAACCUCCCACGUCCUACCACCUUCCAUCAAUCAUUUCAAAGCAGAAAAUGUGUGAGAAAACUGCAUUUACUGGUUUGUUUUAAAUGGGACACUUGAACUGCUUUACAAAAACAACUCCUGUGUGAGUGUGUCUGGUGCAUAUUUAUUAUCCCCAGUGUGUGUUACACCCAGUGUGUGUUAUCUCCAGUGUGUGUUAUCUCCAGUGUGUGUUAUCUCCAGUGUGUGUUAUCUC